AUGGCACAACUAUCAUCACAGGGAAACAAUGCCAUUAUCUACCUCACGUAUAUCUUCAUGUUGGCAACAGGGUUGUUCCUAGCUUGGAAGUUUGCCUCGAAAACGGAUUUCCUUUCCUCAAACGGAACCCAAAGAGGUAUUCCAUUGGCUUUGAACUUUAUCGCUUCAGCUAUGGGUGUUGGUAUCAUUUCUACAUAUGCCGAAAUCGCAAACAUUGCUGGGUUACAUGGAUUGCUCGUGUACACCCUCUGUGGAGCAAUCCCUAUCCUUGGGUUUGCUAUAUUUGGUCCCAUCAUUAGAAAAAAGUGUCCUGAUGGUUUUAUUUUAACUGAAUGGGUAAGACAUAGAUUUGGAAUGAUUACUGCAUUGUAUAUAUCUUUUUUCACUUGUUUGACCAUGUUUUUAUUCAUGAUUGGUGAAUUAUCAGCUAUAAGAAGUGCUAUUGAAGCAUUGACGGGGUUGAAUGCAUUGGGUGCUGUUAUCGUUGAAUGUGCAGUAACUACAAUCUAUACAUUUUUCGGUGGAUUUAGAGUCAGUUUCAUCACUGAUAAUUUUCAAGGUGCUUGUGUUUUGAUCUUGGUUAUUAUAUGUGCUUGUGGAAUGGGUUCUUAUAUUGAUAUUGAUACUUCAAAAGUUGGUCCAUCGGGAUUAUUAAAAGCUAAUAAGUUGGGUUGGCAAUUGGUUUACAUUUUAUUUGUAGCAAUUGUCACUAAUGAUUGUUUUAUGUCUGGAUUUUGGUUAAGGACAUUUGCCAGUAAGACCGAUAAAGAUUUAUGGAUUGGAUGUUCAAUUGCUGCCGUAGUCACUUUUGUCAUUACUUCGUUGGUUGGAACCACUGGUUUUCUUGCUGUUUGGUCGGGUGAUUUGCAAGUUGGUGAUGAUGAAGGAUACAAUGCGUUUUUCAUUUUGUUGUCCCAUAUGCCUCGUUGGUUGGUUGCAUUUGUGUUGAUUUUUUGUAUUAUAUUGUCAACUUGUACUUUUGAUUCACUACAAUCAGCAUUUGUGUCAACUAUAUCGAAUGAUGUUUUCAGAAACAAACUUCAUACUAAUUGGUCACGUCUUUUGGUGGUGAUAAUGAUUUUUCCAAUUGUGGUUUUAGCAGUUAAAGUAGCUGAUAACAUUUUACAAAUUUACUUGAUUGCUGAUUUAGUUAGUGCUGCCGUGAUUCCCGCUGCAUUCCUUGGUUUGAGUAAUACCUACUUUUGGUGGAUGAGGGGAUUCGAUGUAAUGUGUGGAGGGUUGGGUGCUUUACUUGGUGUGUUUGUAUUUGGGACUGUUUACUACAAUAGUGCCAAAGAAGGUGGAAAGUUGUUAUUGAUUUGGAAUGGUCUUUACGAUUCAGAAGAUUGGGGGCCAUUUGGUGCAUUUGUGAUUGCUCCAGUUGGUGGAGUUGUCUUCUCAUGGGUUGCAGCCGCGGUGAGAAUUAGUGCCGUCUAUGUGUACUCCAAGAUACGGGGUACACCAUUUACUGAAUUGGACAGGCCAGAUGAAGAGCCAAUUUACGUUGACAAUCAAGCCACCUAUGGCGCGGACGAAAAUGUCGAGCAAACUAGUGUAGAUAAGAAAAGUGUAUAA